AUGAGGAAACAGAGAGGCGGCGACCCCGCCAGCGUCGCCAACUCUUCCAUCGCUCUCCUCCAGGAGAGAUUCCGGCAGUUGCAGAAGGAAAAGGAGAUGAGAGAGGGGAGAGAGAACCACCGGAGCACCGGAGUUCGUCAACACCACCACAAUCACCACCACCACCACCAAGCGGCGCCGUCUCCCCGGUGGUUCUCCCUGCCGGAUCUGGUCCAUCCCUCGAGGCCUCUACAUGCUCCGGCCUUCCUCCACCACCAGCCCGGCGUAGACCGCGACGGCGCUCCCUCCCUCCCGGCGGACUCCUCAUGGCCGGAGAACUCCGCCAUCCGCUCCAAUGGCGACGACGAUGACGUCGUGGAUACCUCCCUUCACCUGUAA